AUGGUUUGUACAUUUGCAGAAGUCUCAGAUAAACCUGCUACCAAAGCAUUUUCUUUGGUGAUGGUUGAGAAAGAACGUAUUAAUAUUAUUGAACUCGAGAAUAAUGUUGGUGUUAAAUCUGAUUCUGGGAGCACAUCUGAUAAUCUAAUUGAGCCACCCAUUAUUCACGCUACCUCACCAGGUGCUAAUAGUGAAGUUAAGGAACAUGGUUAUGAUGAAAUAAAUGUUGACGAGGCUACAAAGGACGACAAUAUUGUUGAAGUAAAAGAAAAAGAUGAUAUUGGAUCUCCAGACUCUAAUGACACUGUGAUCGUUGAUAUUAUUGGUCUUAGUGAUGAUGAGGUGGAUAAUAGACUUACUGCUGCAAAAGUUCAAAUACCCCAAAAUAGUGCAGAGGGGAAGAAUGAACAAACAUCUACAUUUGAUGACAGUGGUAGUGGCAAUGAAAGAAAAAAUUCAAGUGAAAGUAAUAAAAGAAAACAUGGAAAUGGAAGUAGCGAGAGCAGUGACAGUGAUAGUAAUCAAAGCAAAAACUCAAGUGAAAGUAAUAAAAGAAAAAAUCAAAGUGGAAGUAGCAGGAGCGGUAGCAGUGACAGUGAAUCCAAUAAUGAAGAGUUGAUUAACAAAAAUUGA